AUGCGAUCCAAUGAGCUUUUCUUUGUAGGAAUGACUGCUGUAUCCAUCGGAGAGGACUGCGAAAAUAUGGUCGUAGGCGAUAUAGACGAGAAGACUAGCGUCAAAGACGAGUCGAAUAUGGUUGUAGACGAUACUGACGAGAAGAUCGGCUUCAAAGACGAGCCUUCUCCAGCAGUGGAGGAUUCUCUUGAUUUGGACAGGAUUCAUAUCAGUCCAGUGCCGAAAUAUUUUGGUUUUAAACAGUUCAGAAAGUUGUUGGAAAAGCACCUGAAAGGGAUAGAAAUAAAGAAGAUUCGACAAAUGAAGUUUGAUGCCUACGUCAGUUUCAAAACUCCCGAGGACGCGCAGUCAGCUAUCUCCAAGCUCAAUGGUCUGGAAGUGAAAAAGACGGUUUUAAAAGUGCAGUUAGCACCGACUGAAACGAAGACGUCAUUCGAUCCAAGUACGCAACAAAUUAAGCCCAAGACUGCUAGGGAGAGUGUAACACCGCUUGCUGACGUUCCUUAUUCGGAACAGCUGCAGCAAAAAAUGAAGGAGUCAUUAAGAGUAUGUGAUAAGCUUCUUAUCGAGUUGAAGAAGGCAAACGUCGAUGGCGCUUCUAAUCUUAAGUCUUCUGAGCUUGUGAAAAAGGUCGGUUCACAUUUUACCUUAGAGGCAGAUUUGUUUGUCAUUUGA